ACUCCUGUUCAUUCGAGGGAUCGGGAAUCAUUAAUACCCGUGCGGUAUUUGGCAUUGUUGCCUAUUAGAGUUGUCCACACAUUUUUUGCACGCACGUCUUCCAAUUCCCCCCUACCGAAUCCCUCCCUACAAGCCUCCCUCCGCCACCACCACAAACCAUAACCACUGCCCACCCUCGCCCACCACCAGCACCAGCACCACCAGCACCACCACCACACUGCCCUACCUCAACCACCACCAACAACAAACUGACCCUACCGGACCCAUCUGCGACCGCCUCUCCCUUACCUACCUACGAUACCAGCCCGCUAUCCUGCCCGUCUCCCUGCUUCCUCCUGCAACGCGGCCUUACCCUGCUUUUGAAUGACAGCCCGGACCACUUCCUAACAACAACCCAACCGACGAACACCCAAGGUGGAUCAACAAAAGCCGAAAGCCCGCCUCUCGCGUCCAUACGAGGACCAAUCCCAGCUUUGGGAAGCAGUUGGCUAUUCUCCCAUCGCAUCUCCUACUAACCUUGGGGCCUCCAAGCUUCAAUCCCCCGGCCCGGCAGCCCCUCCUCCGCCUAGCAUCGACUCUCCUUACCACCGUUCGCAGUUGACUGCAACUCCCCCUCAGUUCCCAUCGGUACAGGAGUCAGGGAUGCCGUCUCCAAGUCAUCAUCAACAGCCCUCCUCCCCCACCGACUCUGACAUUCCAUCCAGGGACGGAGAUCAACAUACCCCCACGUUCCAUCAGCCUCAUUACCACGAAAUGGAGAAUAGGGAUAUGAGCGAUCGCCAUAUCCUGGAAUGGGACGUGGAAGAUGUUGCCGGUUACAUACGCUCACUCGGGUUGGGUCAGUACGGCGAUUCGUUUCUCGGUAAGCCCUUUCAUCCCUUCCCUUUCCAGACCUCCUGAGAUGGGGUACGAUGAGCCGCAAGAAUUGUGAUACUGGGUUGGAAGCGUGGAUGGCGACUGACGGCCCACGCAGAUAAUGAAAUCGAUGGCCAGGCCCUGGUCCAUCUCGAUCACGAAGAGCUACGGGACGUUGGUGUGCAAAGUGUCGGACAUAGGCUUACCAUCCUAAAAAAUGUCUACAAUAUCAAGAUUGCUCAUGGUGUUCCCAUCGACACCGGUGAUUAUGUACCAGUCUGUAAGUUGCUCCUUCCCUUUCGGUCCGAGCUUCAUUUUUUGCUCCGAUACUUGUUGAGCCCCCCGCCCCUUUGUGUGUAGCGCUGAUUGGUGGAUUGUGUUGUUUUGUUUUUGUGUGUAUGUGCAGCCGCCGACGUCGAAGAUACCGAAAAGUCUGCUACGCAGUACGACAUUCAACGAUUAAUUGGAAUAAUAAGGCAGAGGGAUGAGAGAAUUUCGCAAACCGAGGGCGAGUUGAGGGAGCUGCAAAAGGGGAUUAUAAAAUUGAGGGAGGAACUUCUUCCAGUAUGGCGGUUGCUCAAAGACAAGAAUCAGGCAUUACCCACACCACAAGGAUUGGGCACGCCUACUGGAUAUACGCCUGAACCUCCUCAGCCCCGGGAACGGGAUACAGAUAGAAGGGAACGCGAUAAACGGGACCGGGACAGGGAUCGAGAAGAGAGAGAUCGGGAAAGGGAUCAGGUACAGGACCCUCCCUUUAAUAGUAAUGCGUCUUCAAGCCUACAGCCCACGCCGUCCGUGGGGAGGGGCUUGUCAAGAAAGUUUUCGAUGAAGAAACUCAUCCUUGGAACACCCAAGAACCCAUCACCCACACAUUCCACACAUCCCGAGUACGAGCCACCGCCGACCGCGACGAACGGGAAUGCUACGAUAACAAACUUGCACAAUUCUCAGUCACCUGGCAACAUUCCCUCACCAACAUCACCGUCAACAAUAUAUCAUGUUCCUGGGACUGGCGUGGGUAACCCUCCGCAUAACUCCACCCUGGGUGCUAUCAACGCGCCCACAGCUACUCAUAGACCCACCGACGGCCAGCCACCUCGAACUCGCCCGCCUCGAUCUGGCCAUGAAGAACCCAACCCGCUAUCGACACCAGGCGGCAAUUCGUCAUCAUCGGUUGAGAUUUUUAAAUCGUUUCGGGUAUCUAUGGAAGAUCCCUGUUACAAGGUUUUACCUGCAGCCCUCAAACGGUACAACAUCCAAGCGAACUGGAAGCAGUAUGCACUUUACAUCGUCCACGGCGACCAGGAAAGGUGUCUGGGUCUCGAGGAGAAACCACUCAUAUUGUUCAAGCAGCUGGAUAGAGAAGGAAGGAAGCCCAUGUUUAUGCUAAGGCGGAACGGCAACUAUGAUACUGGCGGUGGCGGUUCGGACGGUGGGGGUGCAUCCAGCGGCGGUAUAGGGGGCAGUGGAGCAAGUGUUUAUGGUGGCCGAGAGGGCGGCAUCACAUUACCCGGUGGAGUAUUAUAAACCCUUCUCCUCGCCUCACAACCACAAAUGAAGAAAGCAAACAAAAAAAAAACAUGUGGAGUAUGCCCAGCACUUCACUAGGACGGGGCGGGGGGACGCGGGUAUGCACGGGAGCUGUGAAAUUUAACUUCCUACCGUUCCAUUUCAUACCUCUCUCCCGAUCCAUUUCUUAUGUUUUUAUCAUUCUCUUCUACCCGGGCACCGAAAUUUGAUCCAUUUUAUAUAUUAUUUUUCGUUGUCUAUGUACGGAAUUCUUAUUUUCGCUUUUUAUUUCAUCUCUUCCAUCUGUUAUUAGUUCUCGGGACUGGUUGGAUUUUGCUUUGUUCUGUCUUGUAUCUUUCUUUCUUUUUCAUUUUCUCCCUCCUUCAUUAUUCGCGACCCUCCCGAACCGAGCUAAAUGGAUGGGUCAAAGAGUGUUCGGGGGGAAUGGGUGUCGGCUUGGUGAUUUUUUUCUUCCAAAGUAUCUUUUUACCCGAUUCUACUUUAUUCCACUAUAUUAUUCACUUUGACACUUGCUUUGAACUUGAGGUCGUUCUACGAUUACCUACUAGUACUCCCCUCCCGUCAUUUUGCGUGCACUGUUGUGCUGUUCCCAUGGCAAAGAUGAUGAAUAUUAUUAGCCCCUUUUUUAAUUUUUUCCUGUGUGAGAAUUUUAUUGGCGGGGAACGACAGGGCAGUGCAGGGCAGGAUAAGGAGUCUGCUGAGCGGGUGUGGUGACGUUGGAAGAUGGUGUAUGAAGGGAGCCAAUGAGGGUUCCGGGAUGGAUGGGUGGAUUUCUUCCUUUCUCCCCUCUCCUUUUCGUUACCGGGUUGUACGUGUAAAUGUCUGGGACAAUCCGGAGUGUCUGUCUAGGUUAGGUGAAUAUAUAAGGUUUGAAGUCUUGAAAG